CCGUGUCCGGAGUUCCGAAAUCCGAACCACUGCGCCGCGCCGCCGCCACCUCCCGCGCGAGAAAUUUCUUCUCCUUCCUCCACGGUAUCAAAUCCUCCCUAAAAUCUCAAACAACCAAUCCUUAGCUACCACUGCUUCUUGCCCGUGUUUUCUUGGGGAGCAGCUCGCCGGACCGGAGGAAGGCGGCGCGGCCAUGGAGCACGGGUCGGUGACGGACUCGACCGCGUCGACCUUCUCCAUCAUGGAGGAGGACCACACCCUCGCUAACUCCGCCAGAUUCGUCCUCAACCAGGACCCAAGGGUAGCAUUUUGUGGAUAUAGCAUCCCUCAUCCUGCUGACAAGAAAAUCAACAUUAGAGUUCAGACGACAGGAGAUCCAGCAAAGGAUGUACUGAAAGAUGCUUUGCAGGAUCUGAUGGUUAUGUGCCAGCAUGUCAGAGGGAUUUUUGACAUUGCAGUGGCUAACCACAGAGCAAAGAAACCUGCAGAACAAAUAGACGUUGAUCAGAAAUAGAAACGCUGAAGCUUCUGAGCACCCCUCGUGGUGGAGACAAACUCGAUAUUUGUAUGCUUUAUGCCAAUUUUGCUAAAAUCUUAGUAUUUGGAUAAGCACUGUUACUGCAAACAUCUUGGUCACUGCUUUGGAAAGAGUCGGAGCUCAUCGUCAGAUUGAGGUGUCUGUUGUAAUUGCUGUAUACACUGGCUUCCUUUUGUGUAACACAAACUCUUGCAGUUUAUCGCAAACUACUUUCACCAGUAUUUAUUAUGAUGGUUUAAACUAUAUGUAUUAUGUAAGUUCAGUUUCCAAACGGGCACUCGAUGCACA